UUACGCCCUUCUUCUCUGUAUUUCCGCCUCCCCGAGAUAACGAAAACCCUAGUUUCAGAGACAUUUCCAGAAACCGACAAUGGCGGAAGGACUCGUUUUGAAGGGCACCAUGCGUGCACACACUGACAUGGUGACGGCAAUCGCCACGCCAAUCGAUAACGCAGACAUCAUCGUCUCAGCUUCCCGCGACAAAUCAAUCAUUUUAUGGAAACUCACCAAGGAUGACAAGGCCUACGGUGUAGCUCAGAGGCGUCUCACUGGUCACUCUCACUUUGUUGAGGAUGUUGUUCUCUCCUCAGAUGGGCAAUUCGCCCUUUCCGGUAGCUGGGACGGUGAGCUCCGACUUUGGGAUCUCGCUGCUGGUGUAUCCACUCGUCGAUUCGUGGGACACACCAAGGAUGUGCUCUCCGUCGCAUUCUCCCUUGACAACCGUCAGAUCGUCUCUGCGUCUCGCGACCGUACGAUCAAGCUGUGGAACACUCUAGGUGAGUGCAAGUACACCAUCUCAGAAGGAGGUGGUGAGGGACACCGUGAUUGGGUUAGCUGCGUCAGAUUCAGCCCUAACACACUCCAUCCGACGAUUGUGUCAGCCUCAUGGGACAAAACCGUGAAAGUGUGGAACCUCUCCAACUGUAAGCUCAGGUCGACACUUGCUGGUCACACUGGAUACGUGAGCACGGUGGCUGUAUCACCUGAUGGUUCUCUUUGUGCAAGUGGAGGCAAAGACGGUGUUGUUUUGCUGUGGGAUUUGGCUGAGGGGAAGAAGCUUUACUCUCUUGAAGCUAACUCUGUGAUCCAUGCCCUUUGCUUCAGUCCCAACAGGUACUGGCUCUGUGCUGCAACUGAACAGGGUAUUAAGAUUUGGGACCUUGAGAGCAAGAGCAUUGUUGAGGAUUUGAAGGUUGAUCUCAAGGCUGAGGCCGAGAAGGCUGACAACAGUGGUCCUGCUGCCACCAAGAGGAAGGUUAUUUACUGCACAAGCCUGAACUGGAGCGCUGAUGGAAGCACCCUGUUCAGUGGUUAUACCGACGGAGUUAUUAGAGUUUGGGGUAUUGGUCGUUACUAGUAAUCCCAAUCACUCGUGCGCUCUGGCUGCCCUCUAUUAUCUCCUUGUUGGUUUUAUUUAUCACUUAUGUUUUGUCUUACUACUCAUAAAGUACCCUGAGGUUUUUGGAAGGAUGUUUGGUUUCAUGUCAAUCUAGGUUUGUUUCUUUGCCUAAUCUCGUAUAAGAUCUUUUGGAGUUACACUCUCA